AACGAUCCCUAAGUGGUCCAACCACCAAACCCGUCGUUUCCAUAUUCGUUUUCAUCAAUUUAUUACUUUUCCACUAUUGUUUUCAGUCGCCAUUUAUAUUUUUAUUUUUCCAAUCAUCAAAUCAAAAUUCAGGCGACUAAUAAAAUUAAGCUCCCUAUAUUAUCUUCACUAUAUAUAUAUAUAUAUAUGUACGUAUAUUUCCAUACAACAUAUAUAUUACUUAGAUCUUAUUAUUGUUAUUGAAUUAAUUGAAUUUGGAUGGCGAAUUUGUAUGUAAGGGCUGUUCCGACGACGGAUUUGAAUCGGAAUACGGAGUGGUUUACGUAUCCCGGUGUAUGGACGACCUAUAUACUCAUAUUGUUCUUUUCAUGGCUUAUUGUUCUCUCCUUAUUCGGUUGCUCUCCUGGAUUGGCUUGGACCACUGUUCAUCUUUCUCAUUUUAUCGUCACAUACCAAUGUUUUCACUGGAAGAAGGGAACACCGUUUGCUGAUGACCAAGGUAUCUACAAUAGGUUGACUUGGUGGGAGCAGAUAGAUAGUGGGAAGCAGCUUACACGCAAUAGGAAGUUUCUUACUGUUGUCCCUGUGGUGCUGUACUUGAUAGCCUCGCAUACAACAGAUUAUCAACACCCAAUGUUGUUCUUCAACACAAUCGCGGUUUUUAUACUGGUCGUUGCCAAGUUUCCUCAUAUGCACAAGGUUCGUAUUUUCGGGAUAAAUGCAGAUCAAUGAGCUUUGGGUUCCAACUGAAUACAUACCACAGUAAAAGAAAAAGUAGUACUAGUUGAUUUGCUUUAUUUAAGCAUCACGACUAAAACUGGGAUGCCCCUCUACAGAUGCCAAAACUGGAAAGGGUCAUCAUUAUUUUGUAAAAGAAAUCAGCCUGUUAUCUCUUUGUGGAUAUUCAUUUUUUGUAACAACUGUUUGUAUGAGAAUAACUCAAUAUUCUUGAACCAAAACAAUGGUUCAUGAGUUUUGCUAAUGUCGAUGAACCUACCUACUAACCUACGAACGUAGAAAUGGAGAGCAAUUUGAAGAACGACUCCUAAUCGAAUUGUUUGGGAUUUCGUCUUAUCAAAAGGUGAAGAUUAUAAACCAAGAUAUGUCAGUUAAUAAA